ACGGCAUGUGAUGCAACAGCUAGCGGAUGCCCCUACGCCUUUCACUUGCAGCCUUGUUGCCUGGCCAGCCUUGAGGUCUAAUCGAAGACUGCGCGGGUAUGAAUCAGCCGAGCUCCUGUCCAUCCUGGUCUGGACGCACUCGGCCGCCUUGAGUGAGCUGCAGCAGGCUGCGUUGUUCGCCGAGCAAACAAGCCCUGUGGGCUGGCGACGGGUAUUUUGGUCCUCACCACGGGAAGACAGCUUCUAAGAUGGAUAAGACCGACGGUCGAGCGCAACCCUGCAGCGCGGUCUUUGCGUUCAUUCAGGCAACUGCCGACUUUUUUAGAAAGCGCGUCGGUCGCCAGCCAUCUGUCGAGUAGGCUUCUUAAAGGCGGUCUUCAGUCCUGACAGCGCUCUUCAAGGUAACCUCACCGCAUCGAUCACAAUAUCCGGCGUCGUCCCUCGCUGUCCUCUCAACACUCCACCCAUCGAGAUGCACGUCGACCCAGCGAGUCCGCUGACCUUGAAGAUGCGGACAGCCGCCUUUGGACCUCGAGAACGACUUCCCGCUAGGCACGGCGACGAGUCGUUCGACUUGUCCCCAAAACAUCAACGACAAUCAUUCGAAAGUCCCAUGCAGAGGCCAUGGGGACCUAAUUACAAGCAGAGUGUCGCUCCAUCCCCUCGUGUGCUCUGGUUCACCACGAGGCGCUUUCUUCUCAGCCUCGACGGGCUAGCCCUUGCCGUCUUCGCGUUGCUCGCUUGGCGCUACUUGCUUUUCCCUUCGCGAGACAUCGAUGUGAGCGGCAUGCAAGCCAAGGCAAGCACCGACUCGUACUUCCUAGAUCUGUGGGUCAAGCACGUCACGGAUCAUCCGAUACGUGCAAGAGAUCGGACAGGCUUCUCGGAGAUGGGACUUCGCACAUCCAUGUAUGCCCAUCUCUUGGCCGACCCAUCCCUUCCGGAUUUCGAAGAGUACGAGCGCAAGCUGUGGCCCUUUAUUCCUGGAAUCGCCAGCCUGCGCAAAAGCUACUUUGAAGGCGCGCGCUAUGCCAGCGAGAAGCGACCAAAGACUCGCGGUAUUGUCAUGUCUUUGGGCAAGAACGACUUCGACUUUGCCAUUCAGUACAUUUCGAUCAUCCGCGAUCACUACCGCUCGAACAUCCCCAUAGAGCUCUACUACUACGGCGAGGAUGACCUUCCACCUCACAUGCGACACUACCUCACCACAGAAUUUCCAAACGUCUCGACAGUGGAUCUCGAAGCGCUUGGUUUCUUUGACGAGAACUUGACUCAGUUGAAGAGGCAAGGAUUUGCUCUGAAACCGUUCGCUCUUGUUGCGACAAACUUUACAGAAGUGAUGCUGGCGGAUGCGGAUGCUGUGCUGCUUGCUUCACCGGAGGAAUUCUUUGAGCAGAAAGGUUUCAAAGAGACUGGCACGCUAUUCUUCCACGACAGAGAUCACGUCCGUGCAGGAGCAGCUGCCAUCAUCCACGAAUUCAUGAACAGCAACUUGGAAGCUCGAGGGCCAAGCGAGCGACUGGCCAAAAGUGCUUUCUGGCAACGCAAGGGCAUCUACGAGCAAGAGUCUGGCAUCGUCGUGGUGGACAAAAGUCGCAUGGAAGUCUUCGCUGCUCUGCUGUUCUCAGCUUGGCAGAAUACGGGCGAGGUGCGACGCCGGACAACUUACCGCAUCUUUUGGGGCGACAAGGAGACCUUUUGGCUGGCGUUCGAGCUCGCUGGCUUCCAGUACUUUUUCGUCAAGCACUACGCCGGGGCUAUCGGACGCGAGCAUGCUGCUCACGCCGAAGGCUUUUGCUCCGAGCACCCCUUUCACGUCUUCGACGCUCCUGGCACCAUCAUUAGUGACGGUAGCCAUGCGGCGAGCAACCUCACUCAGGCGAAGGCCGAAGCCGAGGCUGCUGCAUCUGCCCUCUUGAUGGCUGAUGUGGAAAACCAGGAUCCGAAAAGCACCGCAGUCCAGCUUGCGCGCAAAGAGGCGCGCAAGGUCAAGCCGGCCUGGUUCAAUGGAAGCUUGCUGGAGCUCAAAAAAAUCUCAAGAGAGCUAUACAUUAGCCCCACGGCUUGGGCCAUUGAUGGACAGUGGGAAUUUCUGGAAGACAGCGAGCUGUGGUGCUUGAGAAACUACACGGCUAUGCCCAUGUCCGAGCAUGGCUUGGACAGAAAUAUCCAGCAACUUAUCUCGACUGGAACGAGAGGCCUCGCGCGGAGCAAUGCUGCCAUGAGCCGUGGUGAAUUUGCGCCGCGUGGUGAAGAAUUCGAUAUCCCAGCGUGAACGAGGGCCUUUCUCAAGCACGUGACUCUUCCUCCGGCUCAAUUGCAUCGCAAGGUACCCACACUUCUUUGUAUACUUGUCUGUUCUAUCAAUCAUAUUGUUUGUCAC